AUGGACGAGGCCCCAGUGCUGGGCGCGCUGCCGUGUCCCGGGGACGAGCUGGGGCCGGAGCUGUUCGCGGCUGACCACGUGGCCCUGCAGCCCCCAGCGGUGGUCCCGUGCGGGGACGAAGACUUCCACGUGUUCAAAGAUGUCUACCUAAGUGCUGACCCCAAAGAGCCGCUGCUGCGGGCGCUCCACGCCCCUCCAGGCACCGACCCCCUAGUCAAGGGGGAGCUGGUGGGGGGCGGGCCUGAUGCCCCCAAGGCCCUGGCCGAGUUCCCGGGGCUCCCCGAGCUCAACCCCAUGGAGGACUCGCUGCUCGCCCGGGCCCCGCCGCCUGCCUACAACGUCCACUUCCUGUCGUCGCUGCUGGCCCCGCGCAGGAACCCCGCUGUGGUCCCCCUGGGCGCCUGGCCCAGGGAGGGGGCCGCCCACCCCGGCGUCCGCAUGAUUCCGGUUGAAGUAAAGGAAGCAGGUGGUCCGAUUACAAGUAACAACCGUGUGGAGGACGCAAGCUUUCCGAGUGCUUAUACCCAGGAAUCCUGCUGCAAGUUUACAUCAGCACAAGACCCAGAGGACCCUGCCGACUGUCCCCAGAAGGACCCCAAUGCCAUGGUGAUCUGUCAACUGAAAGGAGGCACCCAGAUGCUGUGUCUAGACCAUUCUGGCACCAGAGAACUGAAAGCUCUUCAUUUGGUUCCUCAGUAUCAAGACCAAAACCAUUAUCUACAGUCAGAUGUCCCUAAACCAAUGACUACUCUAGUAGGAAGAUUUCUGCCAGUACCAGCAAAAUUCAAUCUCCUCACUCAACAACUGGACAAGGGACCCUUGCCGCCGGCGGUUAAUGCACCGACUCUGCCAGGACCUCCGCAGUUAACUUUGGCUGGGUACAAUGACUGCUUCGCCAGCGGGGACUAUUGCAACAACUGCAACUACAACAAUUGUGGCAGCAAUUUACGUCAUGAAAUUGAAAGGUUUAAGGCCAUCAAGGCGUGUCUUGAUCGAAACCCAGAAGUGUUUCAACCAAAGAUCGGCCUGGGGAGACUGGCUGAGGCCAAGCCGUGGCCCAACAAAGGCUGCAACUGCAAGAGGUCCGGCUGCCUCAAGAACUACUGUGAUUGCUACGAGGCCAAGAUUAUGUGUUCUUCGAUCUGCAAAUGCAUUGGCUGCAAAAAUUAUGAGGAAAGCCCAGAACACAAAACCCUCAUGAGCCUGCAGAACAACAUGGAAAUCGGGGGGCUGGAAGGCAGCCAUCCUUUAUCACCAUGCAAAUUCUCGGGACCCCCCAAGUCCAGGAAAGAUAGGCAGCCGUUCACCUGCAUCUCCCGGGAGGUGGUGGAGACCACCUGCGCCUGCCUGCUAGCCCAGGGGGAGGAGGCCGAGAAGGAGCACUGCUCCCAGUGCCUGGCAGAGCAGAGGAUCCUGGAGGAGUUUGGAAGAUGUCUGUCCCAGAUUCUCCACAUCGAGUUCAAGUCUAAAGGACUAAAUAUGGAAUAG